AUGUCUACUUCUCAUCAUCAUCACCAUCAUCAUUCUCAAAAAUCGGAACCAAUGGUUUCAACAGUUCCAUCUGGUAGCAAAGCAAGAAUUCAUAUUAUCUACUAUUCUAUGUAUGGUCAUGUUUCAGCAUUGGCUAAAUCUAUAUUAAAGGGCGUUGAAGCAGUUGGUGCUGAAGGUCGUUUGAUUCAAAUACCAGAAACAUUAUCAAAAGAAGUUUUAGAAAAAAUGCAUGCACCAGAGAAAGAUAAAAACAUUCCAACAAUAUCAAUGAUUCCAGGCAUAGAAAAUACAGUUACACUUGAAGAUGCAUUGGUUAAUUGCGAUGGUAUUCUUAUGGGUAUUCCAACUCGUUUUGGUGGAAUGCCUGCACAAGUUAAAGCUAUAUGGGAUGCAACAGGUGGAUUAUGGAUGAAAGGUGGACUUGUUGGAAAACCAAUCGGUGUCUUCUUUUCAACAAGUACACAAGGUGGAGGACAAGAAACAACAACAUUAACGUCAUUUACAAAUUUUGCUCAUCAUGGAAUGUUAUUUGUACCUAUUGGUUAUACUAGUCCACUUUUGACAAAUAUGAAUGAAAUUCAUGGCGGUAGUGCAUAUGGUGCUGGUACUUAUGCUGGCAUUGAUGGAUCACGAAAACCAACAGAAUUAGAAUUAAAACUAGCUGAACAUCAAGGAUCACAUUUUAGUCAAGUAGUAAUCGCAUUAAAAUUAGGUCGAGCAGCAUUAGCAUCUACCAAUGCAAAUCCAAUUGAUUCAAAACAAAAAUAA